CCACACCCGACUUUGUCUUUUAUUUUACUGUAGCUGUAGGAUUGUUAGUAAGAACGACCAGGAAUUAAUGUUGGUUAUUGCCGUUGUUAAAAAAAACUCCAUACUUCCGUAUUUGACGGUGGAGAAUGUGAACAGAGUUGGUCCGAGAUCACAAUGUCAAGAAAGUGUUGCGCGCUAUCGCCCUCUCACUAACACACACCCGCACACACCCAGAGACAUCCAGUCAUACAGGAUGAGAGCCGUAUCGGCAAUGAUUUUCCUGGCCGUAUGUGCCCUGAUGGUUAUAGUCUACCAGGCCAUACAGCAGGAGCUAAACAUCCGCAACCAGAAAACGAGCAUCGUGGUUUCCAAUGAACAGGUGAAGCUAAAGGAGGAUGGGAUCGUAUCCGUCAAAAUGCAGAUAGAUGAUAUGAAUAAGAAGAUUGCUCCCUUGGCUGCACAGAGAGAUCAGCUCAAGAAACAGAAGGAGGAUCAGAAGAAACUCUUCGCCCAGUCGGAAAAGGAUCUAGGCACCUGCAAGAGUGAGAAGGAUAAUUUAGAGAAGAAACGCACUGAAGCAAGUAAUAUACUUCAGAAAAUCAAAGAAGGCCAUGAAGCCGAAUGGAAGAAAGCUGAGCAGGAGAUUGAGGAUUUGAAACAUAAGAUUCUAGACAGAGAUUUAAAGAUUUGUGAAUUUGUGGAUCUGAAGGUGGAAGAAACAAGGAUGUUAUGUGCAGGUGCAAAACUGUGAAGUAGGCCUACCUUUGUGAAGUCCAAUGGAGCGCUCAGGAAAAAUGAUCUUAUUUGAAUAUAGUUGUGUUCGUAUGUGGAUACGUUUUUUCACAUGCAUUUUUUUGUCAACGUCGAUUUUCAAAAAACAUAAUUGCCCUUAAUGUCAAAUUAAAUGUGGCCCUAAAUGAAAAAUGGGCCUCGUGUGUUCUUUAAAAUGUCAGUUUGAUGUAGUAAACGAUUCAAUCUAUGUGUGUAUAUGUAAGCACAUAUCAUAUGUUGACUUUUUACAUCAUUUAACAAGAACAAUAGAACAAUC